AUGCCGUUUCCUACCACAAAACCCACCCUUCACUACUUGGACAUCGGUUCCCUUGGCCGUGGGGAAGUUAUCCGGCUGUUUUUGAGAGACGCCGGGGUCGAUUUCGAGGAUGUUCGGUACGCUUAUGAUGAUUCCUGGCCAGCAACCAGCGCCGAACUCAAAGAAAAGGGACUGUCAGUCACUGGCAAAGUACCUGUGCUUGAGUAUGAGGGAAAGGUCCUAAGACAGCAUCUUCCAAUUCUUCGAUACCUAGCCAGGGAGCUCGGCUCAUAUGAUGGCAAUACUAGCAUUGAAAAGUAUCUCGUUGAUGCUAUUGCCGACAUGUACAAUGACUGGAGAUUCCAGUGGGUAAAGAACAAAAAAGGCGUGACUGACGAGUAUAAGGCGUUUGUCCCUAGCUAUUACAAGGCACUGGACAAAUUCUACGCGGAGAAUAGUGGUCCUUUCCUUCUAGGGGAGAGGAUCACUUAUGCGGACUUUGCCGUCUAUCAGUCCAUCGACAACGACUCGCAGAUUGGAGCUUUACCAGAUGCUCUACCAGAACGUCUCACCGAGUUCAAAACAGCAUUCGAAGGUCGGCCCCAAAUUGCUGCGUAUCUUGCGAGUCGUCAUUAA